AUGGCGUCAACUUCGAGGCCAAGAGACCGGAGAGACUUUCGCUUUGCCAUCUUCUGCGCUCUCCCACGAGAAGCCGACGCCAUCUUCCUCCUCUUCGAUCAUUUCUGGGAUGAGGGAGACUCGAGCUAUGGCCGCGUUGAGGGCGACCUAAACCACUACACGAAUGGUCGGAUUGGGCAGCACGAUGUCGUCCUCGCUCAUCUGCCAGGUAUGGGGACGCAGAACGCAGCAGCGGCGGCGGCGAGCCUCAGAACUAGCUACACCGAGCUGAAGCUGGUGUUCCUAGUUGGCAUAUGCGGCGGAGUGCCCAAAAUAGAUGGCGUUGACGCCUUCUUGGGCGAUGUGGUCAUCAGCAAGAGUAUUCUUCAGUAUGACUAUGGCCGCCAAUAUCCCGGCCGCUUCGAAGUGAAAGAAACAACGGAAGAUAGCCUCGGGCGGUCAAAUAAGGAUAUCCGUGGCUUGCUUGCCUCCUUUGAAACAGACCGGGAGAAGACAGUGCUGGAAAACAAGGCGGGAAGGUAUCUCAAAGACAUCCAAAACAAAACAGAACCAUCGGACCCGCGGCGCCUGAAGGGCAGCCGGGAAUAUAGAAACCCCGGAUUGGCCAAAGAUCGACUCUUCAAACCCGACUACAUCCACAAACACCACAAAGAGUGUGAAGCAUGUCAGCGAGGACCCUGUGAGCUGGCAACUAAAGCCUCAUGCGGCGAUCUUGGCUGUAGGACUUCCCAGUUGGUUCUGAGAACUCGGUCUUCGGAUAGAAAUGACGAUGACUAUAGACCUGCAAUCUUUAUCGGAAGAGUUGCGUCAGGCAGCACCGUCAUGAAGUCUGGCGAGGAUAGGGAUCGAAUCGCCACGGAGCAUGGUAUUGCUGCAUUUGAAAUGGAGGGAGCAGGUGUUUGGGACGAGGUUCCCUGUCUUAUUGUCAAGGGCAUCUGCGACUAUGCGGAUAGCCACAAAGAUAAAAGAUGGGUUCGACCUUCACUGAGUCAAUCAAGCUUUGGGGAGUCCCCUCACUGCCAUACCAUCCCGUAUAUCCGCAACCACGAGGUCGUCAAGCGCCAAACCGAAGUGGAAAGACUGCACCAGCUUCUCUCAAGCUCGUCGGCAUGCCAAGUAGCUGCUCUUUGGGGACUAGGAGGGUCAGGGAAAACGCAAAUAGCUCUGGAAUAUGCAUACCAGAGAUUGGAUGCUCGAGACUGCUCUGUUUUUUGGGUACACGCAGACAUGGAAGCUACAUUCAUUAGGGACUAUAAAACCAUCGCCCGGAAACUGGGCUUGGAUGACACAAAAAGUGAAGAGAACCUCCUGGAGGCUGUCCGAGACAAAAUCGAAUCCCUGGAGAGCUGGGUACUUGUCAUUGACAACACUGAUGACAUUAAAGUCUUCCUCUCGGGACAAAUUAGCAAAAAGACUACCAAUUUGCUCCGCUAUAUCCCCCAGUCAGCUGGAAAGUCGGGAACAGUACUUUGGACGAGCCGGGAUGAGAGGAUUGACGGAAUUGUUGGACCUGGCCGGACGAUCGAGAUCUCUCGAAUGACAGGGGCAGAGGGGCGGAAGCUACUCUACACUAAAUGGAACGAGAAGGAUAGAGGGGCCAAAGAUGACACAAUCACCAAGCUUUUGGAAGAGCUCGGGUGGUUGGCACUGGCAAUCAGCCAGGCUGGUGCCUUUAUGAGACGAACCCAGACUCAGGCUAGUGAAUAUCUGAGUAUGCUUUCCAAAAAGAAGCACCGAUGGAAACUAUUCAAGGCGAGCGAGACAGCAGAAGUACAGCGGGCGCCAGGGGUUCCUAAUAGUGUACUUGGAACGUGGCACAUCUCCAUCGAGCGCAUUCAAAAGGAAAACCAACUGGCCUAUCACAUAUUGAAUGCAUUGGCAUAUGUCAAUAAUCAGAACAUAUCGGAAAAGAUGGUGGCGGAAUUCGCCAAAUUUCAUGAAGAAGGAGCCCCGAUCGACUACAAAGACUUCCACGACAGCAGAAAGGAACAGAUUGUGGCUGACGACAACGAUUCAGACGAGCAAGACAUUGAGAUACUGACAGCGCUGGCGAGGCUGAAAGAAUAUUCAUUUAUACAGAUACACCGGGAUGGUAAGAAGCAGAAGAGCUAUAAGAUGCACAAGUUGGUGCAAGAUGCCGCCCGAUUUGGACUAUCUGCUGGGCUGAUGGUUGAUGAGCCAAGAUCCGGAACGAGCAGCAGAGGUGAACAGUAUUACGCUGCGAUUACGCUGAAGGUGAUGGUGAGGCUUUUCCCAGGCCACAGGUCGGGAAUGUGGCACCAAUGCGAAAAGUAUGCCGGCCAUGCCGUACAAGCAGCAGAGUGGGCUGAGAUGUCGGGGACGCCAAUAUGUGCAGCAACGCUUCUUGACCGAGUCUGUGAAUUCCUCGAGGGCCGUGGCCACAGCCUCCAAGCCAGGCGCCUCGAACUGCUGGAAAGGAACUUAUCGAUACAUCGACAGGCUCUUGGGGAACGAGAUACAGAGACCCUCUUCACUAAGUUUCUGCUCGCACGCACACAUUUUCAAAAUGGCGCCAGGGACGUGGCUAAGGAGAUGACAGACCAGGUGUAUGCGCUCCAGCAGGAGGUUCUCGGCAACACAAGUCGAGACACAAUCAGAACCCUGACGUUGAAGGCGAAUAUUCUCUUUGAAGAGGGAAACUUUGAAGAGUCAGAUCAACUACUCGCCCAGGCAAUGGACCGCUGUAGGGAAGAGAAAAGUGACGCAGUUGGGAUGAUCCUGGAGCGACGAGCACGGCUGAGUGAGCAGCAAGGCGACUACGAGAAAGCGGCAGACCUGGCCAGAUCUAGCCUCGACAUCUACCAGCAGACGGCAACAAGACAUGGACGGGUUAUUGCAUGCAUGGAGCUGUUGGUCGGGUUGUACAUCCACAUGGGCAGAUAUACCGAGGCCGUGGUAGUAGGCGAAUCUGCCUUGGAUCUGGCAAAGGUCAAAUGGGGAAGUAAACACUUUACGACGAAUGGUCUCAUGCAAAAGUUGGCCAAGUCGUAUUUUGAGCUAGAGCAGUACGCCAAAGCCGAGCCACUUGCAAAGGAAGCGGUACGGUUGGGCCAAGAUCUACCGGACACACCGCAUUAUGCCAGCUUGAUGCGUGAAUCGAAGCGUCUCCUCGCAAAAAUGUCCGAACCCAUUGAGCGCCCAGGAAGUAGGGAGUCACGCCAACAGCAGCUGUUUGAUCAAUUUGCCGCGGGCCUGAAACGGCUGGAUGCAGAAUAUAAGCCUCGCAAUGGAAGCGCAAGUUCUACAGUAGUAGGUGAAGUGGUGUUCCGGACACCCGGCAAUGCCCGAGCUGGGACUCACAUCUAUCAUGUUUCUUAA